GAUCGCAAUUUUUGUCCCAUGGGCCCUACUCCCCGCGAUGAAGUUUUUCCUGAGAGCUCGGACGUUGUCAUACCACUCAGAGAGAUAAAAAGGCCUGAAGUGGUCAGGAAACAACUUAACAGGCGGUUUAGUGUAGCCGAUCUGGGACAGGCUCUCCGUGAUGCACCUUUUAAACUUAUGCCAGGUAAUUUGAACAAGAAAGAAAGGGAACUGUUUACGGAUAACACUGAGAUUAGUCCAUGGAAUGCACACUUUGAGUUUAAAGACUUCAAGAAGAUAAAAAAGCCAACUUGGCGAUAUCUCAUGGGCACGAUGCCAGAUCUUCAUUCAAUGUGCCAGAAUUAUACCCCACUUUUAGUGGUUUUGUCAUUUUGGAGGUCGUUGGGUAUGUGGAUGGGAAUCAGUAACCCAUUUCUAGGGCUAUGUGUCAUGAUAGCUUCUGCUCUUGAUAAUUGGUAUAAUGUGUUGUAUAUGAGCUGGAGUGUGCUAUUAGUGAUGUUCUGGAGUUGGUUUCUAGGUGUCCCCAAGGAGCUUAUAUACAGUGGACUUUAUCCAGUUCAAGGUAUAUUUCUGGGGCUAUGGGUGUAUCUGACUAACUCUCUGGAAGAACAAUACGAUGUUUUGCUCUCGCAGAUACUAAUACUUAUUCCUCUCCAGUUCUUCAACCUUCUUAUAUUCCAGGCUCUCUGCUCUUUCUUUGUCAAAACACUGAAUGUGACUCCUAUGGGGAUAUCCUCCUGUAUAACGGGUUAUCUGUACGUGUGGAUGAAACAGAAGAGUACGUGGUUUUACCUGGGUCCUCCUUUCCUUCAAGAGGUACCAGGACCUCAACAGGAGUGGUUCAAGGAGAACGGGACAAUAGUAGGUUACGAGAUACUGUACGGGAUGUCCAGUUUAAUGUUCUCCUACUCCUACUGGUCAGCGUUACCUCUCUCUAUCGGGCUCCUCGUUACCUCCCCCAUCAUGCUGGUAACCACCUGGCUGGGCUCUGUGUUGGGAGUCGUCUCUGCUAUCUUCAUGUCUCCAGUGUGGAGUGAUGUUAGUUUGAAGAUAUACGCUCUACAGGGAGCCAUUACUCUUUCUAGUGUUACGGGAAACUUCUUCGUACUUAACCUUUACUCAGUGGUAGUAGGCGUGUUAGCAGUGUUCUGUACAAGUUUCAUGGCUAUGGGUCUGUCGGAGCUGUUUGAUAUUGUAGCAAACCACUCUCUAGCUAUCAGCUGUUACUUUGUCUCUAUAGCUGUUUACAUGACAGCAGGGACGUUUGAAAAGCUGAUCCCAGUGGAGCUGAUAUCCAUGACAGUACCAGAAGAUCAUCUCAGGAGAUACAUAUUAUCUCGACAGAUAGUCAGAGACCUCAAGAUCUCCAAGGAAUACCGGAAUCUAGACCCGAACAAGUUCAAGAAUAUUGAGUGCUCUUUACUGCCGAUAUUGCUGUGCUCAUAUGCCAAACUUGGCUAUACACGACGGAUAAGAGAUCUGCUGGACCUGGGAGCGGAUCCAAAUCUAAGUGAUUACGACGGAAGAUGUGCACUUCACCUUGCUGCUAGUGAAAACAGAAAAGAGAUAGCAAAACUCCUCUUCAUACACAACGCCGAGGUGAAUGAGACAGAUAACUACCACCACACUCCACUGUUCGAGGCUCUGAAAGGGGAGCACUAUGAACUGGCUAAAUACCUUUACAAACAUGGCGGUAAAGUGUUGCUGGGACAAAAUACACUGGCCAGCAUACUCUGCUAUAUGGUCAAACGGAAUGAGCUGCAAAAACUUCAGUUUUGGCUGGAAUGUGGAGUUGACCCAAACUGCAAGGAUUACGACAUGAGAACACCGCUUCACAUAGCAUAUGCUAACAACCGAACUGAAAUUGUGGCCCUCUUGGAGGAGUACAAUUCUUUGGACAACCAAAUAGAUAAGUGGGGAAACAAACCGUCAGAGUGUGAAGGAGUCGGAGUAAUAACGAACAUGAACAACGCUAAACCUCUUCCUUACGAUAUCUCUACUUCUGUUAACGUUAAAACAGAAGAAUAUGCGAGGGAACAGUCCCAGGGGAGCAAGCCAUCAUUCCAAAUAGACUCAGCUAUCAUAGCGGCAGUGGUGAAACAGAUUCUGAGACAGGACGAUGAGAAACUCAGAGCGGCGCUCCUUCCCUCUCUGCUCUGUGAAGUGGUGUACAGUAAGAAUCACAGCCUGAUGUACGAGCUACUGAAGGAAAAUGUGGACUUUAAUAUCGGUGACCAUGACAACAGGACACCUCUACACAUAGCUGCUGCUCUCGGAGACCUGGAGACGGUGAAAACUCUGGUGUGGAGCAAAUCAGAUGUAAACGCCAUCGACAGGUUUGGAUUCUCGCCACUACUUGAAGCAUGCCAGAACAGACACGAUGCAGUGAGCGAGCACUUACGAACCUCCGGGGCUAAACUUUCUAUGUCACACGAGGACCAGGUGUCGCUGCUGUGUUGGUCCGCCUACAACUCAGACUACGAUAUGAUCACAAGGCUCGCCAAGAACGACAUAAACCUCACACUUACAGACUACGAUAAUAGAAACUGUUUCGAUGUGGCGAAAGACAAUAAAAACAACAAUCUCAUCGAAAUUCUGGAGAACAUCAAAAAAUGACAACACUUUUUGGUUCACAUUAUUGUUCAGAGUGAACCGAUUCUUAAUCUAAACCCAUAUUUUAAUCAUUUUACAGUUAAAUUGACUUUGGAAAAAUUAACCC